UGGAGCGAAGAGACAUUGCAGCAGUGACCAAUCUACAAGACCAGGGUGGGCUCCUCGGCUGCGGCAGUGCGGCGGACGCCAAGGAAACAACUUCUCCUCUCAUUUCCCCGCCACAUUCCGGGCAAAAUGAGGCGAGGGAAGAAGUGAACGUCCUCCGGUCCCCAUCCCAUGUCCUGGAGAAGAGCGUCUGGGCACUGCUAUGCCAGAGAAUUAACCCUAUGUGGCUUGGUUUCCAGUUCGCAGCAUGGGGGAACGCUGACCUACCGCCCAUCAGUCAUGAUGGUCCAGAAGCAUCCUUCAGACAGUCCAACCGUUUUUCGGACAUAGCCAUGAACAGCUGCAGAUACAACGGGGGAAUCCCAAGACCCCUCAGCAGCCUAGGUUCCUCUAGGAGGAACCUCCAUGAGACAGACCCAGAGACCCAGCCCCUGCAAACACUACACAGCCCAGGAAUCGAAGUGGUAGUAAGCAAAAACGACCCUAUCAAAGCAUCUCACCGCAGCCUACGGGGAGGGGAAGACGGUAGCCAAGGAGGUCAUAAGGGCCAAAAGAAGAACCAAAACGUGGGCUACAAACUAGGUCAUCGAAGAGCGCUGUUUGAGAAGAGAAAAAGGCUCAGUGACUACGCUCUCAUAUUUGGGAUGUUUGGCAUAGUGGUCAUGGUCACCGAAACUGAGCUAUCCUGGGGGGUCUACACAAAGGAAUCCUCAUACUCAUUUGCACUGAAAUGCCUUAUCAGCCUCUCAACUGCUAUCCUACUUGGACUCAUCAUCAUGUACCAUGCAAGAGAGAUCCAGCUUUUUAUGGUGGACAACGGAGCAGAUGAUUGGAGAAUAGCCAUGACCUAUGAACGGAUAUUUUUCAUCACCCUAGAGUUGACUGUGUGUGCCAUCCAUCCCAUUCCUGGACAAUACUCCUUUACAUGGACAGCUCGCCUGGCCUUCUACUAUACACCUUCUGUAGCCAAUGCUGACAUAGACAUCAUCUUAUCUAUCCCCAUGUUCUUAAGGCUAUACUUAAUUGGAAGAGUUAUGCUCCUUCAUAGCAAGCUUUUCACUGAUGCCUCAUCAAGGAGCAUAGGUGCCCUCAAUAAGAUCAAUUUCAAUACUCGCUUUGUAAUGAAGACUCUUAUGACCAUCUGUCCAGGCACGGUUCUCCUGGUUUUCAGUAUCUCAUCCUGGAUCAUUGCAGCAUGGACAGUUCGAGUAUGUGAAAGGUACCAUGACAAACAGGAGGUAACCAGUAACUUCCUGGGUGCCAUGUGGCUCAUUUCAAUAACGUUCCUAUCAAUUGGCUAUGGAGACAUGGUGCCCAAUACUUACUGCGGAAAGGGAGUCUGUCUGCUGACAGGCAUUAUGGGUGCAGGCUGCACAGCUCUGGUUGUUGCUGUUGUUGCAAGAAAGUUGGAGCUUACCAAAGCUGAGAAACACGUACACAACUUUAUGAUGGACACACAACUUUCAAAGCGGGUGAAAAAUGCAGCUGCCAACGUGCUCAGGGAAACGUGGCUCAUUUACAAAUAUACAAAACUUGUACGAAAAAUCGAUCAUGCUAAAGUACGCAAGCAUCAACGCAAGUUCCUGCAAGCAAUUCACCUAUUACGCAGUGUGAAAAUGGAGCAGAGGAAGCUCAAUGAUCAAGCCAACACUCUGGUGGAUUUAGCAAAGACCCAGAAUGUUAUGUAUGACCUAAUGUCUGAACUACAAGAACGGAAUGAUGACCUUGAAAAGAGAAUUAUAACCCUGGAGACCAAGAUUGACUCCUUAAAUGGCACGCUCCAUGCUCUUCCAGGGCUGAUCGCUCAGGCUCUGCUCCGAGAGCAGGGAGAACUCUUCCUCAUGCGUUCCCACAGACCAUUUCUCCCUUCUAAUAGCUCGGACAAUUCAUGGACCCCCCCACGUAGACGUACCUCACCUUCCACUGCCCCGCACACCUCUUCAGACAGCGGCUGA